AUGGAGACGACGACGCACGGAGACGCACUGGUGGAUGUUAUUCGCGCUAUCAUUGGACCUAGUGACGUCUCACGUGAACGGAUUCUAAUGUUGUUACAGCAGGCAGGGAAUGAUCCAAAUAAGGCCGUUGAUUUGUAUUUUCAAUCGGAUACAACCACUGGUGGUGUAUGUAAAGUGAAUGACGUGGAAGGUUCUGGUGAUGAGGACGAAGAGGAAGAGGAUGGAAAUGAUGCUGCAUGGAGUCAUACGACAGUACGAACUCAAGAGACAGGGGCGGUGAAUGUAAAUACAUUACCAAAUCUGUCUUCUUCUCUUUCUUCUUUAGAAUGGACGUGUAAGGCCGAAGAACUUAGCGGACUUUUGGGUGGUAAAGUCAAGCGUGACGUUAUUUUGGCUCUACUUUAUCGUACAAACAAUGACCUGCAACAAGCAGUAGAGAUUUAUUUUUCAGAGAAUGGAGGAGACACCGAAUUUGAUGAAGGAAGUGACGAUGAUGAUGAUGAAACGACUACUAUCGUCAAGACGUCAUUACCGUUAACAUCUGCACGUUCUGUGGACAACGGGACGAAAGUGUCACUACCGCUUUCAACUACAUCAACGACAGUUACGAUGCCGCCAUCAAAUGCGACGAAACCUUCUCAAUCGCCAUCACACUCGUCGUCAACAUUGCCACAAACUCGGUCCGCCUUGACGCCAAUUGCGUCACACCAGUUGACUCCACUGUCUUCACCAACUUCGAUGGAUAAACCGGUGACAGAUACAAAAAUGCAUGCUCCUACGACUGAAGAGGAGUCGCUAUACGGGCCUGGAACAUAUGAGGUUGUGAUGUCCAGCAGCAAUUUCCGCUGGCAGAUUGGCAAUGUUUUUGGCCGAGCAGUUGUGCAGCAAGUGGAACCUGGUGGACCUGCCGCACUUGCUGGCAUCCAAAAAUCUGACGUACUACUGGCGUUUCGUGAAACUGUGCUGACUGAGACGAAUUGUGCUGCUGUAGUGCAACAAUUGUCCAAACAGCGAGUACUUGUUCCCUCUGCACUUCGUUUUCGGCGCGCUUCAGACUCGCAUAACCCGCAGCAUGCUGUUCCAAGAGGUAAUGGUGCGCCUAUUUCUGGAUCAGCGUCUGCUACUUCUGUGUCCCAUUCGCGAGAUAGUGAUGGUGAUGUGGUAAUGGCGGUAGUGGAUGACGCAGCUGUGUAUAGUCCUGUUGAACCGAAGUAUGGACUCCAGGUGAUCUGCCAGGCUGUGGAGUCUAUGCAGGAUGCAAUUGCGGGUCCGCCAGCAGUGGAGUUUAAGGUCUUGGUGGAUUUACUGUUGAAUUCAGAAUAUAGCUUGGACCGUGCAGUGAACACUUUUUUGACGGAAGACCGUAUUACCAGCGACUUUCGUGGAAUUGUCGGUUGCAAUUGGGAUCCAGAGCAUUCAGUUUCGACGGCCAAGAGCACAAACAAGCCCUACGAUGCAUCCAUUCCAGCAGGGCCACUUGGACUUACUGUUGAAAAUAUACUAGAGCGAACGAUCAUUGUGGAUAUAAAAUCUGGAGGUGCUGCUGAUCGCGCAAAUGUCAAACGCUCUAGCUGGCUAGUUGGUCUAAAUGGUCAGCGUGUCACGCAUUUGACUCAUAAGGAAACACUGCGUUUGAUUGAGACCGCUGCCCGACCACUGCAGCUUCGACUUGUUAUUGUUUCGCCAGAUGACUACAAGGCUCUCCGAAGGCAGCUUUCAAUGAACAUUCGUCAACCAAAAACGGAGCGUCCAAUCCCAGAACAGGAUCGAAUGUCGUUUCGUGUUUUCCAGAUCAAAAUUCAUCAGGGCGUGCUGGCCUUCCCGAAGCUUGUGACCAAGGCCCUGUUCCAUUACCUCAGCAGCGAGGAAUAUCACCCUCCGACUAUGGAUCCACAAUAUCCGAAUCCGCUCGAAAAAUUGCUUCCGGCAAACGAGGCUUGGGAUGUUGCACUUCUGGACGACAUUAGAAUUAUGGAGGAGGAGCGUUCGGGCGAGAUGUGCGCUGAACGCCGGUUUUUGCUGAACCUGUUUGCAUCCAUUCAUGACUAUGAUGAUAAGGGUGAGAGCACUGUCAUUCGGACUAUCCAGUUUCUGGGUUGGUUGGCGGUCCGCGCAGCGCGAAUGCAGCGAUUUGUGAAUGCAAAAACACCAAACUCGACUGAUAGUGACCGAAGCGGCAAACACCAUCGUUAUGAGUUAUUGCUUGCGGUGGUGCUGCAUGUGCUUGAGAGUUUAUCGAUCAUCGAAAAUCAUGCUACAUGGGAUGUUAUGGUGAAUGCGUUAAAGAUGCUGAUAUUGUCGCUGACGGAUGUCGACGUAAAUAAGAUAUUGGUGCCGAUGUUCGCCCGACUCAGCAUUAGUUCAAGUCCUACAGCACGAAUUGUGCCUGUGGCACUUUUGCCGAUGGUCUAUCCACAUGUACGUGGAGAUGUACGCGUUCAGCUUCGUGGUAUGCUGGACCGCAUGUGCAACGACGACAAUCCACUGGUUCGUCGCGCUGUAACUUCUGUUAUUGGUGAUCUGGCUACAGCGGGUGGUUCUCCUGUAGCUAGUUGGACGGUUCAAUUGCUAGAAAAAUCCACAGCAGAUAGUCAUGACAUUGUUCGUAUCUUUGCUGUGAAAGGCUGCAUCACGCUAGCUACCACAUUGCACCGGUUGCUGCUAGAAGACAACAGCAUUUCGCAGAAGGAAGCUGAACAGACACUGCAUCUACUCUAUUGUCAGAUGGUACCGAUGGUGAACACAUACACGUCAGAUUCGUCUUGGCAAGUACGGCUGGAAGUAGCGCGUACUUUGCCUGCAUUCUGCAGAGCAUUUGGUUCGGAAUAUAUUGACGUUUUUGUCGACCAUUUCGUGUCGAUGGUUGGUGAUCCUACUGUUGAAGUUCGCCGUGCUUGCGCUGAAGGUGCUUAUCUUCUAGGCAAGUCCCUGCGCGACUUAGCUAUGGAACAAGCACUUGGUUUACAGCCAAAAGAUAGUGCAAGACAAGAUGAAGGGAAUAAAUUGAGCAGCGUGACUUCGAGCAUAGGCUCUGAGUUUAUGGUUGCAGCUCAAGUCAAGUUUGUGCGCAGCGUGUUGCCUGCAACAUACCCUCUGUCAACCGAUGUGUCCGUGGCCGUCAGGCGUGCGUUGGCUCAGUCUGUUGGCCGUUCACUGCAGUUCAUUGGCAGUAACUACUACGAUGAGCUGGUCCCUAUUUUUACCCAGUGUUUGGACGAAAGCCAAGAUGCUACUGUAUCUGCGUCGCUUUUAGAAGAGAUGGCCCGUUACUGUGAUUGUUCGUCAGAGACGGUGAAGGCUCUGAUUUUCCCAGUUAUCCAGGCCCUGCGCACCUCAGUACAGUGGCGCGUGCGCGUCAAGUUUGUUCAUUGCGUGGCUGCAUGGGCUGAGCGUAAUGAUGGUGCAGCACUUCCUGGAGACUUUGCUGAUGCGUGUUUAGAAUUACUGGGUGAUGCUGUUCAUGAAGUUCGUGCAGUGGUGUGUACAAAACUUCCUUCUUUAGGGAAGUCGUUAGGUAGUGAAUGGGUGGCUGAAAAGUGUGUGCCUCGUGUCUGUAUGUGCCUCCAAUCGACGUUCCAUGGACGUCUCACUGGAUUAAUGGCAGUCGAGUAUCUUGCACCAAAGCUACAGCAGAUGGAUCUAUUAGGAAAUGUGAUCAAGAUUGUGGUGGAGCAGUGUACGUCACAAACAGCAAACUUACGUUUUCGUGCAUUGCGAACUCUUGGAUUGAUUGUUCCAAGAUUGAAUGAUCUAAGCACGACGGAAAGUACGCUAGAGAUUAUUCGUCCUCUUGUUCUCGCUGAGACAGAGCCUGAUCCAGAUGUACGUGAAGUUGCAGAAGCUACACAGACAUUACUUGAGACUGUGUUGAAAUAG